AUGGCCUCUUCAGGUAAGGCCUUCCGCAAGGCGGCACAGCUUCUUGACCAAAGGGCGCCGCAGGGCGGAAUAGACCAAUCGUCCACAGCAAGGCUACAAGAUCUGCGCGAGGCGAACAGACAAACAGCAAAUACGGUUAUUCAUACGUCUUACGCCAUGGAUGAGAUGGGUCGCCAACGCGCAUGCGCUUUGGGUCGCCCCUCGACCUAUCAAUCCUUAUGGAGAACGAGCAGGGCUAUGCUCCAAAUUCCGCGUUUAACCACCAUCGCUUUUAAUCGCCAUAUUCGUCAACAAAAGGGUAAAAGGUGGGCCGAGCUUGGUCAAGCACGCCGCUUCCCCGCCAAAAGAAGGCUUGACAAGCAGCGGGUGUAUUUUCUACAUUUGGCAUCCAAGCCAGGUGUCGUGGCUCCUGAAAGCGAAAUGAAGUCACCGUCCAUGACUCUCUCGGCCGGCAUGAAAGAAGAAGGAAGAGGAGGGCUACCAUCCCUCGCCGCUAGCAAGAUCAGCCUAGCGGCCUGA